GAGGGCUCGCUUUGCGUUAUGCUCGUUCCGGGGUUCCGCUGCCAGCCGCUGUACUCCGUACGCUUUCUGUCGGUGAUACACACACAAACGCACACACGCACGCACACCGAGUGAUGCGCGACCAGCCAGCUCCAUCUCUCGCAAAUCUCAACACGAGGUGACUUGAGCAGCAUAUGACAUUUUCCAGGGUAAAACCCACAACAAUGCAUGGCCUGUAAGCCGCCAAGCAUGGCUCAAAGGAAGAGGCCAGGGACCAGUGGAGGAAAUAGUAUGGCUGCCCCAGGUCCCGCCUCCUGUCCUACCACUCACGCUACAGAGUCAUGUGAUCUGAAAGCAGUAGCGGCGCGGCAACGCCCACACCGCUACCCCAAAGAAUCGCGUGAGCCGAAACCUCUCCCUCACUCCUGCAAGGCACAAUAUUCUUCUCCCAAGUCUCAAGGCACGGGGCGCAGUCAUCCAGAAGCGGAUGCAGAUCAGGAGGAGGAAGUGAAGCGGUACAGCAACCACGAACCAGACGCAGAACUUCAGGAUCAGCGUCCAGCAACACCAUCCACGCCGGAACAUAACCACGACCGAGAUGACCCUAACCAGGGGGACUUCCACGGUGGAGCCGACAGCCUGGAUGAUGAUUCCAGCUCUGAUUAUAUAAACAACACCUCAGAUGAUGAUGACUAUGAUGACGGGUUGGCAGAGGAGGAUGAAGGUGUUACUUACUACAUCCGCUACUGCCCAGAGGAUGACAGCUACCUGGAGGGCAUGGACUGCAACAACCAGGGAGACUGCAACCACAGCCACAGCCGGGGGGACUGCACCAGCACCAUGCAGCUCGGCGGGUCCCACACUGAUGAAUGCCAGGAAGCUGUGGAGGGCUGGACCGAAGAGGGGGAGGGGCACGCACACACCCGAAGGGCUGACAGAGAAGAAGAGGAGGCGGAGAGCGAGGACUACUGCCCUAACGAGGAUGAAGAAGAGGAAGGCGAGGAGGAGGAGAGAAAUGGAAGGGCCUACACCGGAGACUACUACGCCCCUGAAGACAAUGGGAACUCGGUGCGAGUCUCUCCCUACCGAAGCCGUAAAGUGCUGGUGGUUGAGGGGGAAACAGGGGAGGAAGCUGAGGAGGACAUUGAUCAAAUUGUUGCUGAGAUUAAGAUGAGUAUGAGCAUGGGGAGUCUCAGCAGUGGCACAGACCAAAGCCCGGAAGAGCUGGCACAGGACCCCGCACCAAGUGACUACCCUCACUCCAAGCCCGACGCAGCACCUUACCCUCCACCUCACCACCGACACGACAGUAGGCCCAAGUCCCUCAACCUCCCCUCCAUGCACCACAACAACCCUGAUCUCCAGCGGGGCCACAAGACGCAUCCACGCUCACCUGAUGACAGGCAGAGAUGGCCCCAAGAGCAGGUGAGCAAUGGCGCAGAGCAACCCAGAAAACAGCAGCGGUCCGACCUCAACGUCCCCCUGGAGAACAACAACGUACCAGAGCCUACAAAGAAGGUCGCAUCCUUCCCCAGCUUUGUCGACGUCCCAGGACCCUGUGAGCCAGAAGACCUGAUUGAUGGGAUUAUCUUUGCUGCUAACUACCUGGGCUCCACUCAGCUGCUGUCUGAGAGGAACCCCUCCAAGAACAUCCGAAUGAUGCAGGCCCAGGAGGCCGUCAGCAGGGUCAAGAGGGUACAGAAGGCUGCCAAAAUCAAGAAAAAGGCGAGCGCAGAUGGAGACGCCCAAACCCUUACCGAGGUUGAUCUGUUUAUCUCCACCCAGAGGAUCAAAGUCCUCAACGCAGACUCACAGGAAACGAUGAUGGACAACGCACUCCGCACUAUAUCCUACAUUGCCGACAUUGGGAACAUUGUCGUCCUGAUGGCAAGACGCCGGAUGCCACGCACAGCCUCACAGGACUGCAUUGAAACUACACCCGGAGCGCCCGAGGCAAAGAAGCAGUACAAAAUGAUAUGCCACGUCUUUGAGUCUGAGGAUGCCCAGCUUAUUGCUCAGUCCAUCGGCCAGGCUUUCAGCGUAGCUUACCAGGAGUUCCUGAGAGCCAAUGGCAUUAACCCCGAGGACCUGAGUCAGAAGGAGUACAGUGACAUCAUCAACACCCAGGAAAUGUACAAUGAUGACCUCAUCCACUUCUCCAACUCUGAAAACUGCAAAGAGCUGCAGCUGGAGAAGAGUAAAGGGGAGAUCCUGGGUGUGGUGAUUGUGGAGUCUGGCUGGGGCUCCAUCCUGCCCACAGUUAUUUUAGCCAACAUGAUGAACGGCGGCCCAGCAGCUCGCUCUGGCAAGCUCAGCAUCGGAGACCAAAUCAUGUCCAUCAACAACACCAGCCUAGUGGGGCUGCCGCUCGCCACCUGUCAGGGAAUCAUUAAGGGCUUAAAGAACCAGGUCCAGGUGAAAAUGAACAUUGUCAGCUGCCCUCCUGUUACUACAGUCCUCAUUAAGAGACCAGAUCUAAAGUAUCAGCUGGGCUUCAGUGUUCAGAAUGGCAUUAUAUGCAGUCUGAUGCGAGGAGGCAUUGCUGAGCGAGGUGGGGUCCGGGUAGGUCACAGGAUCAUAGAGAUCAAUGGUCAGAGUGUGGUGGCCACAGCACACGAGAAGAUUGUCCAGGCUCUCUCGAACUCUGUUGGCGAGAUUCACAUGAAGACCAUGCCGGCAGCCAUGUUCAGGCUUCUAACGGGACAGGAGACCCCCAUGUACAUAUAAAGAACAGCCAAGAACCGCCCCACGGGACAGGCAGUCAGCUGCGGUGGGUUAUCAUACAAACAAACCUGACUGGUUACGGGGUGGAGGAUUACUCCUCCCUGUCCUUUCAAUUCUCUCUUCUUUUUCUUUUCUUCGUCUUUGGGCUGAUGACUCCAACUCCUCAUCAUCUCUCUAGUCUGUGCUUAACAUGCAACAGCCAUUAUAUUGAUACUGGAUGCCUAAUCCACUCGACCAGCUGAAGAGACAGAGUGUAUGUGUUUGUGUGUGGAUGUGCGUGGAUACUGUUUGCUAUUUAUUUGUCCUGUCUGUGUGGACUUACCGAACGAAUACGUCACAGUUUAUUUUUUUAUAUUCAUGUAAUGCAAUAUGAUACUUCUACUCUACUUUCUUGUAUAUUUUCAUUUUCAUUUCUGUUAAUUUAUUCCCAUGUAAAUACAUAUUUUGCUAAUAUUGUGAGUGCGGACGGGGGGGCAGCGCUGUAUUGUAAAUAUUUACUGAAUCUUGCCAUCGAACUGAGGCCAUGAUGAUGGCAAAGACACAACUUAAUGCCGGAUAUCAUCAAAAGGGGAACGAGUUACGUGUCUGAAAUGUUGGGUUUAGAUGUGCUAAGUGAAUAAAAUAACGUACACGUGACUCAAGCCAAUUCUUGGAGCAGGCGUGUACGGGAGAAACGCCAUAUCCUUUUACUUUACGACAUUUUAAGGCAAUACACGAGUUCAACUUCUGAAUGGCAAGUCUUUUCUAAAUCAAACACUCACAUUUAAAUAAUAUUAACAUGCAUCAGUUAUGCUUUGGAUAUCAAGUCACAGGUAUGAAAAGUUUCUUUUGUGUGCUUCUCUGCUGUGUGUUCAUCUCUAGUGUUCUGACUGAAACUCAUGCAUACUUUGAGUGAACUGUGAAUGUAACUUUGUUGUGUGAGCUGUCUCAUUGCCAUACGCAGUAUUAGAAUGUCUGUACAUAAAUAAAAAACUUGUCUAGUAUUGUGCUCAUGUUAAAAAAUAAAAUAACAAAAAAAACCAAAACCUCACAGGUUUAAGUCACCGCAAACGUCCUCCCAGCUAUAUGUUGCCCUUCAUUCUUGAGAGGGAAAGAGAGAACUGUGAAUCACACACUGUGACAGACAAAAAAAAGCCUUACUGGGGAGUAAUGGCUUUCCAAUGCAUUGUAGUAAAUUUUAACCGUAAGAACAUUAUCUGUGUGCAUGCCUCGUAAAGUAGAAUCAUGUCAUUGUGACAGGAUAAUAAAAUAUGAGCUAAACCUG